UGGCAACCUGGCAACGCGUAAUCAUCCCUGAAGCCGCUGCUCAAUUUUUUUAUUCAUACUGUGCGCUAGUAGCAACAAUUAUAGCUGGGAUGUUUCUGUUUUAAACAUGUUUAAAUUGAUGGUCGGAUUGAGUUAAGUUUGUUUGUUGUAAUAGAAGUACAGGAUGCGUUUUGCGGCAAAGCGCUGCGGGGUGCAGUUCAGCCCUCCAUCCAUAGUUUUAAUUUAUGAGCACACGGAAACCAAAAAGGUGCGAAAAAGAAUAAUACCUGUGCGAAAUUUCUCCAAAUACUCCGACUACAGCAUGGCUGCUGAAAGGCUGAAGAACAACCCUCGGCACAGGGACUACCUGGAGGGUGUCUCUCAAAGCCAGCUUGAGAAGCUUCACAUUAUCCUGCGCGAUCACAUGCAGGGCUUCAGUCUGGAGCACAGCCUCUCCUCGUUCUGUCUGGACCCUGACGAAGACCUGAACAAACUGGACGAUGAGGACCUGGCACGCAAGAAAGGCCAAAUGGACGAACUGUUUGAGAAAAACCGGAGACGUAAAGAUGAUCCUGACUUUGUUUACGACUUUGAAGUUGAUUUCACUAAGACCACCUUAGAAAAGUGCAGCUGGGAUGAUGAAUCAGAUGAUGGAUUUUGAAACUCUCUUUUUACCAAUGUUUUAAUUAAGAAUGUAGAUUGUAAAUCUAUAGUGAGACUGCAGGAACAUACAACCCAACUGAUGUAGAUGGCAAUGCUUCAAUAAAUGUCAAUAUAGUA